CGACCUGUCUAUCAUUCUUGCUGCCCCUGCUCUUCCUUCAUCCUCAUCGGCAGCAGGCACAUCCUCUUCCAACCUGUUAAAGUCCCUGGGCGACGGGCCAACUAUUCCUCUAAAGCGAACCUCAGCCUUCCUGUCAACGACCACACGCCAUGUCUCAACCAUCUACUCCACGCACUCCUCGUACUCCUCGCGCUGGCAGGAUGUCACAGACGCCUCAGAGGAGCGACAACCUCUCCUCAGACAUUCCCUCUUCGCCUGGUCUCCAGUAUCCUUCAUCACCCGGACUUGGUAUCUCUUCGCCAUUGCCCUUCGCUACCGCCCCCGGUUUCCAGGUUGUGUACCAACCUGGACAGUAUGCGCAAACGCCAAUUGGACGCCAUAUGGCUUCUGAAGAUGCCUCGUCGCCCAUUGGUAUGGCGUUACCUUCGUCACCUCCUCCUCGCAGCCACCUGGUAUCUUCCAAUCUGCGAUCUGAUAUUUCCUAUGGUACUCCUCGCGAAGGACGUGGCGGCAUGCCAGAGACUCCCAGGAGACGUCGUAACGAUGUCGUGAGUAGCCCUCAGGUUGCGCGCCAUCUUGCUAGCAGAGCAGACCCCAUCAGCGAGCUCCCCUCGACACCGUUCCCUCCAUCGCAAGAUUAUGAUCCAAGCCAGGUGGUGAAGGUUGUGUGGGGCACAGCGGUCGAAAUCAAUGAAGUCAUCAGGAUCUUCAAGGAAUUUCUGGAGCACUUCAAGCAGAAGUACAGGAUCGUCAAGGAGAAUCCGGAUGUUCAGACUAUCACCGAGAGCGAAAACAGACCAUUUUACCCUCAGCUCCUUGACCAGAUGGCUCGCACCAACACGCGCCAGCUCAACCUCGACUGCCAAAAUCUUCUUGCGUACAGGCCCGCAAUCAAGCUGCACAGUUUGCUGAUUGAUUAUCCUGCUGAGGUUCUGCCACUCCUGGAUUUCACGCUGAACGAGUACUUUGACGAAAAGCAUCCCGAAGUUGACCUUGGGGGCGACAGUUUGAUGAUCCGUCCAUUCGGCCUCGGAAAGACUGUCAAUACUCGUGAUCUUGGGCCGGAGGACAUUGAUCGUCUCGUCACUGUCAAGGGUCUUAUGCUGCGUGCAUCCAGUGUCAUUCCGAAUGUGAAGAAAGCCUUCUUCCAGUGUCUUGUUUGCGACCAGACUGUCACAUCGGAGGCCGAUCGCGGUCGUAUUACUGAACCCACCAAAUGCCCUCGUCAGGAGUGUGGAGCCCUGAACUCGAUGUCCUUGAUCCAUAACCGGGGAGAAUAUGCUGACAAGCAAGUCUGCCGCAUGCAGGAGAUGCCAGAGUCUAUUCCCGACGGACAGACACCUCAGAGUAUCUCUCUGGUAGUCCAUGACGACUUGGUGGAUGUGUGCAAGCCCGGUGACCGCCUGGAAAUUACUGCCGUAUUCAGAGGAGUGCCAGUCAGAGUCAACCCUAGGCAGCGCACAAUUAAGGCACUUUACAGGACGUACUUGGACGUUGUUCACAUCAAAAAGACGGACAAGAGGAGAUUGGCGAUCGAUGAUGACAUUGGAAGCCAGAAUGGAAAGAAGCCAACAUAUCAGGGCGGUGAUGAAAUUGACGUUCAGAGCGAGGACAUGAUCGCCAAGAUUCAAGAAGUCUCUAAAAUGCCCGAUUUGUACGAAACCUUGGCUCGGUCGGUCGCUCCCAGCAUUUUCGAGCACGAUGACAUCAAGAAAGGAGUUCUGCUGCAGAUGUUCGGAGGCACGAAUAAGACAUUCCAGAAGGCAGGAUCACCACGUUACAGAGGUGAUAUCAACGUGCUCUUAGUCGGAGAUCCAGGAACGUCAAAGUCGCAGUUCCUCACCUACGUUCACAAGAUUGCGCCUCGUGGAGUGUACACAUCCGGAAAGGGGUCUUCAGCCGUGGGUCUUACUGCAUAUGUCACCAGGGAUCCGGAUACUCGUCAGCUAGUCCUUGAGAGUGGUGCGUUGGUUCUCAGUGAUGGAGGCAUCUGCUGUAUUGAUGAGUUUGACAAGAUGUCCGAUGCAACGCGGUCGGUGCUGCACGAAGUCAUGGAACAGCAGACGGUCUCUGUGGCCAAGGCAGGAAUUAUCACGACAUUGAACGCCAGAACAUCACUGCUGGCCGCUGCCAACCCCAUUCACUCCCAGUACAACCACAGGUUGCCCAUGGUUGAUAACAUUGAUCUCCCACCUACUCUCAUUUCCAGGUUCGAUUUGCUCUACUUGGUUUUGGAUAUUGUCAACGAACAAAGCGACAGACGUUUGGCACGCCAUAUCUUGUCCCUGUACCUCGAGGAUGCACCCGAAACUGGAGGCACACAUAUCAUUCCCAUCGAUAUGUUAACCUCCUAUAUCAGCUACGCGCGUAACCACUGCCAUCCAGUCUUGAGUGAGGAUGCUGGCUCGACUCUUAUCCAGUGCUAUUUGGAUCUUAGAAAAUUGGGUGGCGGUAAGCAGAUUACAGCCACGACACGACAGCUUGAGUCUAUGAUCCGUUUGUCAGAGGCGCGCGCCAAGCUGCGUCUUUCACCAAUGGUUGAAAAAGAGGAUGUUGAGGAGGCGUCGAGAUUGAUCCGUGAAGGUCUGAAGGAGUCGGCAAUGGACCCUCGUACAGGACUGCUUGACAUGGACUUGUUGACGACAGGCCAGGGCUCGUACGAUCGUGGCCAUCUCGAGGACAUGCGCAAGGAGCUGCUAAACCUGUUGAACGCGACGGACAAGGUGUCGCUCCGCUGGGCGGAUGUUUUGGCAGAUUUCAAUGCUCAGAGCACAGUGGUUGUGUCAGAGGAUCAGUUCUCGAGGGUACUUUCGGAACUGGAACAGCAGCAGUAUAUCAAGGUCAGCGGCAAGCGCGGUAUGCGUGUCAUCAAGAAGCUGAUGAUCGGACAGGAACGCGAGUAGGGACAGGACAAGUGAUUUUCAGAUAUCACUGCGAGCGUUGUAGACCAAGUAACAAAACAAAAAUAAUAAUGCUUUUCUACAUAUUUCGGCGGGACUCAACACGCGAU